GUCAGGAAUUUCUUCAAACAGGAGUUUGGUAUUUGUCACACAAGCAGAGUCAAGAUGCUUCGAGAAGUGAAACCCAAGAAUCCGCGCACAGCGCGUAUUCUUAAGAAGAAAGAACCAAAAUUAAUCGAACCCACCAAACGCACACUGCUCCUGCACGGCACAAAAUGUCCGGUUCCACUGAACACUCUGCUCAAGACAUUUCAUGGACUAACGAACCCCAAUUCGGUUCUCUUCCAUAAAAAAAACGAUAAUAUCCGCCCAUUCGAAAACACUGAUAGCAUUGAAUUCUUGGCCGGUAAGAAUGAAUGCGGUAUCGUGGUUUAUGGAAGUAGCAACAAGAAGCGACCCAAUUGCAUCACACUGGCUCGGAUUUACAAUGCGAAGGUUUUGGAAAUGUUCGAGUUGCUGUUACUACCUGGGUCCGAUGGAGAUGCCAUUCCAGCGCCCAAUGCGUUGAAAUUUGAGAUGGGGAUUGGGAUGAAGCCAAUGGUGCUGUUUGCUGGUAGUAUAUGGGAGGAUAACGCAUCCGGGACCUAUGCAAUGAUCAAAAGCGUCUUCUUAGACAUAUUCAAGGGCGAGGAGACUGAUAAGAUUGACGUUGAAGGACUCCAAUUUCUGAUGAUGGUUGCCGCUGAGGAGCCUGCCGAGCCUGGUUUAUCGCCUAUUGUUCAUCUGCGAUGGUAUAAAACUCGUACGAAACGCAGUGGACACAAACUUCCUCGGGUUGAGUUGGAGGAAAUAGGACCUAAAUUUGACUUCAAGGUCGGCCGCGUUCGCGAGGCUGAUCCUAACCUGAUGAAGGAAGCCAUGAAACAAGGCAAACGGCCCAACGAAGAACCCAGGACGAAGAAGAAUAUCUCCAUGGACAUAAUUGGUGAUAAGGUUGGUCGUGUGCAUCUUGGAAAGCAGGAUCUCGCCAACAUGCAAACACGGAAGAUGAAGGGUCUCAAGAGGAGAGCUGGCGUUGAUACGGAUUCGGAAAACGAUGAUGAACCUUCUAACUACGGGUCUGAUGUGAGCGAGGAAAUUGAUUUCAUCGACGAGGACGCGCCAUCGGAUGUGGAUAUGAUGGAUGUUGAUGAGGGUGCUGGUGCAGGAAAGGGGCGUAAUAAAAAGCCAAAGUUGGCGUAGUCUAUUAAGUUCCUGUGCUCUGCGUGCUUAAUGAUCACAUUGUAUGGUGUUGGAUGGGUUUGUAUUUCGUAUACAUAUCAAAUAUUUAUUUUCUAACCAAUCGAUUGAUUUGAAACUAACCGGUCAUUGCUAAUGGGUGAGCAUUAUUCAUAUGUAGUUCUGUAUCGUGCCUAUCAAUUGAUAUUCUUAACUGUGACUUAUAU